UUUUGGUCGCCUUGUGUACGCGUUUGUGUGUGCGCGGGUGAAAAACAAAUAAUACGGAAUUAAAAGCGGCGUAAUAUCGCAACAGCAGCGGAAACUAUAAUACACAAGUGUACGUGUGAAAUUGCGUAAAAAUUUAUACGUCGUUGGACGAACAAUCGCGACAUCAUAAACUUUCACAAUGAAGCUGUACGCAGCAGCAACAGUUGCGCUUUUGUUGGUCGCCACAAUACAAACGACGCCAGCAGCUGCUGAAGAAGAGCUGGAGGAGACCACAAUAGCUGUGAGCACAGAUGAGGUGAUCACCGAAGAACCGAUUAAAUUGGUCCAUGUGCUAAAUCCCGGCGAACGAGAAUAUCUAUCGCCCAAUUUGAUUGGCGUGCAGAAUAUAGCGAUGACAUUUUUGCCGUUAUCGAUGAACUUUGUCAAUAUCAUCGAUGCCUUUCGUGAAAUUGUGAAUGGCGUGCGAUAUGAGAUACUGUUGAAUGCCAUCGAUACAAAGGCCAAGGAUGCCGAUACCAUUUGCCGCCUGGUUGUGCUGGAGAAACCCUGGCUGACCACACAGUGGGGUGACAAACAUCGCGAACUGGUCAAUUCUAAUUGCAGCGAUGUCGCUGAUAACGCAUUGUCUCCCGCAACCGAUUCCGAAGAACGCGAGGGCAAAUAUUUGUCACGCAGCGAACGCAGCAUCGACAACGAUAUCCCGAUUCUUCCUGGUGGCAAGAAACCUUUCGACGAGAAGCAGGCGGAGAAGCAAUUGCAGAAUACGUUGGACAAGCUGACCGCUGGUGAGGGACCCCACUACAGAAUUGUGAAAGUCUACUCUGCAUCGCGACAAGUUGUGUCGGGAACGUUGACGCGUAUCGAUGCAGAUCUGAUUGAUGGCAGUGAGGAGCAGCAUCGUUGCAUUGUCGAGAUCUGGGCGCAGCCAUGGCUGGCGAAGGGUCACGACAUUUCGUUCAAGUGCCGCAACCAGCCGACGGUCCACGCUCGUCACAGUCGUUCCGUGGAGUGGGCCGAGAAGAAGACGCACAAGAAGCACAAUCAUCGCACACUCAACAAGGUCGAGCAUUUGUUCCACAAAUUCCAGAUCAAAUACAAGCGUCGCUAUGCCAACAGCGUGGAGCACCAAAUGCGCUUGCGCAUCUUCCGUCAGAAUCUGCGUACCAUCGAGGAGCUGAACAGCAACGAGCGCGGCAGCGCCAAGUAUGGCAUCACUGACUUCGCUGACAUGACCAGCACGGAGUAUAAGCAGCGUGCCAGUCUCUGGCAGCGCAGCGAGAACAAGCCUACGGGUGGCGCAGCUGCUGUGGUGCCCGCCUAUGCUGGCGAUUUGCCCAAGGAAUUCGACUGGCGUCAGAAGAAUGCAGUCACAAAUGUGAAGAAUCAAGGCAGCUGCGGCUCCUGCUGGGCCUUCAGUGUGACGGGCAACAUUGAGGGAUUGUAUGCUGUUAAAACUGGCGAUCUGCAGGAGUUCUCUGAGCAGGAGCUGCUCGACUGUGACUCCAAAGACAGUGCCUGCAAUGGUGGACUUAUGGACAAUGCUUACCAAGCCAUCAAGGACAUUGGUGGUCUGGAAUACGAGUCAGAGUAUCCAUAUGAGGCCAAGAAGAAAUCGUGUCAUUUCAACAGAACAUUGUCUCACGUUCAGGUCGCUGGCUUCGUCGAUCUGCCCAAGGGCAAUGAGACUGCCAUGCAGGAAUGGUUGGUCAGCAAUGGACCUAUCUCUAUCGGCAUCAAUGCCAAUGCGAUGCAAUUCUACCGUGGCGGUGUUUCGCAUCCCUGGUCACCACUGUGCUCCAAGAAGAAUCUCGAUCAUGGCGUCCUGAUUGUUGGCUACGGCGUUUCCGACUAUCCCAAUUUCCACAAGACGCUGCCCUAUUGGAUUGUGAAGAACUCGUGGGGUCCACGCUGGGGCGAGCAGGGUUAUUACCGUGUCUAUCGUGGUGACAAUACGUGUGGCGUUAGUGAGAUGGCCACCUCCGCUGUGCUAGCUUAAUUGCUGGCGCCAACGCCUCUAAUCAACCAACCAAUCGAUAUAUAUAUAUAAAUAUAAAUAUUAUUGUAUCUAUAUUAAUGUUUAAAAGCACAAAACUCUUCUGGCUUGCAAUUUGUGUGUGUGUGUGUGAUGUGGGUGAGUGUGUAUUUUUUUAAGUUCUGACGACGCGACGAUAACGCUAAGUUAAGGAAUUAUUGUUCCGUGACCCGGGGCUCCACAGCAUACCAACACAAAUGUAAUCAUCUCAUGUACACUCUGUAGUCCAUUGGCAGCAACAUACACAACAUCGUAUACAAAACAACGCAGCAUACAUAUAUUGAAAUUAUAAAAUAAAUUGUAAAGAAACAACAUUCUACUAUCAAACUGAAA